UGCCCAUAAUACUGUGGCUGCUCCAUGUAGCGACUAAAUAUUAGCAUCUUAGCAUAAGUCACCAGUCGCUCGCUGGUCUUAGCUUUAGCCUGACAUAGCAGGGUGGCAUGACUAAAGUCUCAUCUUUUCAAAUGAAUUCUGUUUAAGGCCCUUUGAAGAGAUAUUGCACAUAUGUGCAAAUAGUUUAACCUUUGUGACAUUUGUGAGAAAAGCACUUUCAUGCACUUGAUUUUAAAAAUACCGUCAUGCACUUACAUACUUUAAGUGGAAAUUUGACUGCAAAUACACUGAAUAGAGAAUGAGUUCAUAUUUAUACGUUUUUAUGCUCGAAUAUGUUUUUUUUCACUGUUUAUUGCUACAUUCAUCAAGGUCGGCUAUUAAUUGGUCAAGCAUUGACAAAUGAUGUAAUAGUUGAUGAUUGAGUGAGAUACUAUCCAAUCCCUGAGUUUCAGAGGCUAAGCCCCAGCCACAUGUCUCCAAACUGAAACAGUAUGUCCACAAUGGGGUGUCUUUACUCCAAAACAGUGGUCUAUUGAGUGAGUGCUACAUGGUGCCAGUCACAGUUGAGACUCAAGGUCAGUAAGAAAAAAAAAGGUUGACUUUCAAAUGAUAUGUAGUGAAAUUGAUGACAUUUGGGUUGUCUUGGUUCAAUUUGUGAAUAUUCCAGCUGAAUUUAGUUGUAUUCCACCAUCUCAGUGGCGAUGAUGACCUAAUAUUUUUGUUGCAUUUCACAGUGGAUUUAUGAUCUGGAGCCUAGUGUAGCUGCAAUUGGGCGAGCCGUGUUGGUCUUGAUGACUUCUCUAUCGCGAUCACUUACCUGGAGGAAAUGCUACUGCCACUAAGGAGGAGAAGAAAGAAGGGAUCUGGUUUCUACUAAUAGAAAAGGCAACGGAGCAACUAGGGACGUAAAGGUAGCACAAUCGCUGGAAAGUUAGCAAUGUCAGUAAAUGCAUCUGACAUAAUGUUAGUGUUGGCGUGUGAAGGCUGUGUUUGUGCUUGAGACUGCUCCAAAGCCAAGAAUUGCUGAUGUCACAAGUGGGCUGGAUCGAGAGGUGCAUUGAGAUGUGAGCAAGUGGUAAAAAAAAAAAGAAAUGGUUCCACCAGCUCCUAAUAACAAAAUGUCAUAUUAUUUGCCUUAUACAUCACCACAAUAGAGUUUUGUCAUGUCACACUCAAGUACAUAUUGAUCUUUAGAAUCCUAAUAUUUGGUAUCCUACAAUUCAUGCAUUCAUCACUUUGGUUAAAGCCAUGCAUCCUACUUCAACACUUGGCGCGCCACUGUCCCAAUAUAUACUCUACUUACAACUUACUUACCUAUUUGAAUUACUAUACCGGUUGAAACACUGACAAACUAAACAUAAAACAAAUAUAAUUAGACUUUAAGGGGUUAAAGCUACCACUAAAUACAAAGUAGCACCCUUGUUGCAUUGCUAUUAUAUUUAACAUGAAUACUAACAUAUAGAGAGACAAUACACCGUGACAGUACUCACAGUCAUAUUCUUUCUACUCUGCAAAUAAGUAACUAAUAUUUGUGCCGUACUGAUGAGUUGAGUGGAGUUGACAUGUCUCAUUAAACAGUCUACCAAUCCUUCACAAUUGCUAGUCAAUUGAUGUAGUUCAGGGGGUCUCCAAUGGGGUGUCAAUGGGCACCAGGUAGCCCCUAAGGACCACAUGAGUGGUCUGUUCAAGAAAUAGCUCUUGCUCACCAGGACACAUUGUUGAAAAAAAAGUGUUUAUUUGAAAACAUAAACACUGACAGUUUUCAGACGAAAAAUACAGCAGGAGGUUAGAAUAAGUUGAGACAGAAGACAGCAUAUAGACCAUGUCAGCAAGCAGGGACGGGAGCAGGACAAGAGCAAAAAUUGUCCGCCUUCAUCCAGAGCCAAGCCACAAAAACAAGAUACAGGUAAUCAUCAUCAUCAUCAUAAUCAUAACAAUAUAUUGAGUUUAUAGUACAGUUUUCGUCAGCAUGAUCUCAAAGGGCUGCAGACUUAAAAAGUCAAAAGUAAACAAAAAUAUAUUCAAUAGGAAAAGCAACAACACAACAGGGUUAAAAUCCUAUUAAUAAUUCAAAGUUGUAGACCUUUCUAAACAAAAUGUUUUUUGGGCUUGUUUUAAAAGAAUCCAGGUUCCGGGGAGCCCUCGACUAGCUUGGGAGGUUGUUCCAGAGUGGCAGUGUGGAUCCAUUUAUGGGCGAGUAACAGAUGCGUGUAAAUGAUCUGGGAUGAAACAGGGAGCCAGUGCAGUGAAUGGAGAAUGGGGUUGAUGCGUUCAUAUUUACGUCUUUCUCAUCAGGACCCUGGCAGUGCUGUUUUGGAUAUAUUGCACCUUCUGGAUGGACUUGUCAGAGUUUGUGACAAGUGGAGGAGCCCAUGCACAGUAAAAAUGGGCACACUGGUCCAACCGGCACUGCUGAUGCUUUUAUGGCAAAGUGUUUGGCCUUUGGACAUCCCUCUGGAAAUCCGACAACCCCCAACCAUCAUCAAGCAGUCAAUGAAGGAGCAUAUUGUUGACCCCAAGGACACCAUGGUCAUUGAGUGUGAGGCCAAGGGAAACCCGCAUCCAAUUUUCUCAUGGCGGCGCAACGGCAGGUAUUUCAACGUGGCACGUGAUCCGCAGGCAACUAUGCGCAGGCACUCUGGGACGCUGGACAUCUAUGCCUGGAACAAUCCACAGCAGUAUGAGGCAGAAUAUCAGUGCAUUGCCUCCAACGAGUAUGGUUCUGCAUACUCCAAUAAGAUCAGACUGCAACUGUACAGGGCUCCUGUAUGGCCGAGGGAGAUUGUGGAACCAGUGGUGAUCAGUGCGGGCUCAUCUUUGGUGCUGGCUUGUGACCCUCCAGCAGGGCCUCCGAAACCUGAAACUUACUGGAUGUCCAGCUGCUCCUAUGCCAGACCCUUUAACUGGCCAAUUCAAACAGCGUUCCCCACCAUGCAUGCCGUGCAGCAGGAUCGUAGGGUAUCCAUGGGCGUCAACGGGGAUCUGUAUUUCGCCAACGUCCUGUUCAACGACUCUACCUCAGACUUCUGCUGCAGUGCCCGCUUCCCGUACAAGAAUGCCAUCCAGCAAAAGAUGCCAGUAGUUGUCAAGGUUCUCACCACCCAAGCCGUGGUGGAGGCCGCUCCCACCUGGUUGUCUCCUACAGGCUCAUCAAGUUCUGUCCUGGCCCUGCUGGGGGAGGAACUACUGUUGGAGUGUAUUGCUGCAGGAGUGCCCACUCCUCACAUUACCUGGACAAAGAACGGCGAGGGUUUGGCGGUGACGCCACGCAUGAAAAUGAAACACUUCAACAAGAUGAUUCAAAUCCCAAAGGUAACUUUUGAGGAUGCAGGCGAGUACGUCUGCACUGCGACCAAUAAGAUCAGCUACGUCCAGCACACGUUAACCGUCACGGUCAAAGCGGCUCCAUUCUGGUUAGAAAAGCCUCAACAUUUAGUUUUGGCUCCUGAGGAAAGUGGACGCUUGGUGUGCCGGACCGAUGGCGCUCCUCGGCCCACGAUCAGCUGGUUCAUCAACGGGGAACCCAUUGAGACUGCCACACCACAGCCCAACAGACAGGUGUCAGGAGAUACUUUGACCCUCAGCAGUGUGACGGCCAUCAACACAGCUGUCUACCAGUGCAAUGCCUCCAACCCGUAUGGCUACUUAUUGGCCAAUGCUUUUGUCAAUGUACUGCAUGCAACUCCCCGCAUUCUUGGGGUGAGGAAUGAACUCAUCAAGGUGGUGGAGGGACGUCGUGCCUUCUUGGAGUGCCGCUACUUUGGCUCUCCAGUGCCUGAGCUGCGAUGGUCCAAAUACGGCCAGGGGACUCUGGAGGGGACUCGUUUUAAGACACACAGCAACGGCACCCUGGAAAUAAGGCGCACGCAGAUCGAGGAUCAAGGAACAUACGUGUGUGUGGUCAGCAACAUCGCAGGUCGAGAUGAGACUCAAGUCCGAAUUGAGGUCAAAGAGCCAACCUUGAUUUUGAAAAGACCCCAAGAUAUGAAAGUCAGUCGUGGAGGAGACGUGCGUUUGGAGUGUGGUGUGAAAGCAGACGCCACCACUCCCGUCACAACCACUUGGAUGAGAGACAAGAAGACUGUCACACUUGGCUGGAGAAUAUCCCUGGAUGAAUCAAAUCUGGUCAUCAGCAAUGUCAACACAGCUGACGCCGGCGUCUACACGUGCCACAUCCAGAAUGAACUGGGCCAAAUGUCUGCAUCGGCACGCCUCAUGGUGAUGGAUUAUCCUGAUCCUCCAACUAAACUGGAGCUGUCCGAUCCAUAUGAACGCAGCGUAAGACUCACAUGGGUCCCUGGAGACAGCAACUUCAGCCCCAUUACAGAAUACUUGGUGCAAUAUGAUGAUGAUGACUGGCUACCCGGCAAGUGGAAGAACUUGUCAACAUACCCCGGCAGCCUCAACUCGGUCAUUCUGCACCUUUCGCCUUUCACAUACUACGAGUUCCGCGUCAUUGCCAUCAAUCAAAUUGGUGCCAGUCGCCCGAGUCGUCCAUCUAUGCGAUUCCAGACCAGCGGUGCACCUCCAGAUGUCAUCCCAAAGAAUGUCAAAGGAGUUGGAACAUGGAGAAACAACAUGGAGAUCAGCUGGGAGCCUCUGACUUACAGAGAGUGGAACGGGCCACACCUCAAGUAUCUCGUCUGGUGGCGAAGAAGAGACUCCAGAGAGGAGUGGAAGAAUGCCACCACUAAAUGGCUGAAAUAUUACAUUUACGAUGCGGAUACAUUUACUCCUUAUGAGCUCAAAGUUCAGGCCGUCAAUGACUUUGGGCUGGGCCCAGAGUCUCCCAUUGUCAUCGGUUACUCGGGGGAAGACCGUCCCGUUAGUGCGCCCCAAAACCUGAGACUGUCAGACAUCCAGGGCACCCAGGUGACGCUGCACUGGGACCCGGUGCCGCAAAGCUCCAUCAUGGGAGAACUGAAAGAAUACAAGGUUUACUACUGGAGGGACAGCAGCCAACUGAGGUGGCUGAGAGUCAACAGAGCGAUGAGGUCUCAAGUGUUUGCGGGCACCGGCCCCGAGCCUUCGGGGGUUCUCACCGACCUCAACCCUUACAGCAACUACAAGAUGUACAUCGUAGUGGCCAACAGUCGAUAUGAAGGCCCGCCCAGCAACAAUGUCCACUUUUCGACACCGGAAGGAGUCCCAUCCGCUCCCACAUCCUUCAGGAUCCAGCAGCGACACCUUGACAGUAUUUAUGUGGACUGGGAUCUACCGGCAGAACCCAACGGAAUUAUCAGCGGCUAUUCCCUCAAGUACCAGACAGUGAAUGCCAGCAAGGGAGAGGAGCAGAGAGUGGAAGAGUUUCUUGCAAACGUGACCAGUUUCUCACUGCGCCGAUACGACCGCUACACUCGAUACCGCUUCUCUGUGGCCGCUCGAACUCGAUUAGGUUUAGGCCAGUGGCACACGGAGGAGUCGCCGCACUACACCACCGAGAUCUACGCCCAGGAUCAAGUGGACCUCUCCACGAAGGGCUGGUUCAUUGGCAUCAUGUGCGCCGUGGUCCUCAUCGUCCUCAUGCUACUCAUCGUGUGUUUCAUCAAGAGAAGCCGAGGGGGCAAAUACCCAGUACGGGAAAAGAAAGAGAUUUCAUUAGAACCCGUGGAUGACAUUGAUCAAGAGGGUUCUUUUGACUAUCGGUCUCUUGAAAGGCUUGCCCAUGUCACCACUCUGCCCUACCCACGCUGGGAGGAGGAAAUGGGGAUUCAGAGAGGACCGCCUUCUAAGGAGGCCGUGAUGAAAAGGUCAGAGAGCGACGACAGCCUGGUUGACUACGGAGAUGGCGGAGACAUACCCUUCAAUGAGGACGGGUCCUUCAUUGGCCAAUACACGGCACGAAGGAGAGACGUGAGGGACUUGGACUUUGGUGGCAGUUUGGAGCUGCAUUCUCCAGUGAAUCCCAUCUACUCCCUGGCUUGAAAAGGGCAAAUGCAGGCAGACUGCCAGGACCAGCAGGAGGACAAGCUGGUCUACAAAGACGGGCAUGUAGCUGGGAAAACACUCAGAAAAAACUCAUGAGAAUACAUGCCAUUCCAGACACAUUUGCAUGUGUGUCAAGUCAGAUCCUGGAAUGAAAAGUGAAUCACUUUAUCACGUUGAUAAGAACAAACAAAUGCAGGACAGAAACGUUCCAUCAAACGUUGUUUUUUUUCUCUCUCAACAUCAGUAAUUAACUUUUAACCCUUUAGAGCACCGGUGUCAAACUCAAGACCUGGGGGCCAAAUCUGGCCCGCUACAUCAGUUAUAAGAGGCCCACGAAGGCAAAUCAAACACGUCAUCUUCCAUGAUGCUGACUAAAAACUCUACCAAAAUUUUUAAUUCUCAUAUGUAAUAAAUAAGAGGCAUAUUGUAAGCAUUUUCUUGUGACCAAACCCCUCAUUACAGUAACUUAAACAAUAAUUGAAUAAACCGUUAUUAUUGACUUUUUAAUAUGGUUUCAGUUGUAACGGUCCUCCAAGGGAAACAAACGUGGCCCCCGACAAAAAUGAGUUUGACACCCCUGCUUUAGAACCUCUGAACGACGAUUUAACGGCUGCUCGUCUCAAGAUAUUUCCAAUGACUAAUUAAUUCAAUUCCAUCGGCCACUCAGUUUGCAGCUCUGCUGGAUGGAAAAUGAGAUGGUGUCAUAUUGUAAAUGUAACUUCUUGUAACCUUCCACUCACAAGAGAGAAAUGACUCACGUGGCUUGUUUGCUGCUCACAGUAUAUCCACAGUGUGCUCGCUGUAUAUUCCACCCAUUGCUGCAUUGUAAAUCACGUGUCAAAUAUUACAUUUUGGAAUGGUGCUUAUGUUCUCUUUUACUGCUCCUUUUCCAAACUUCAAGUGAAAAUUUGACACAUCAUAGAGAAGGGAGUCAUCAACAAUGCUGCCAAAUUUGAUUGAUUACAAAAUCACCUAGUUUGUCAAAUGAGGCUUCAAAUAAUGACAAAUCAAGAUGUUCCAUGUCCACUGAAACCACGCCCACCAAACUGUCGAUGCUUGUAACUCAAUGAGCUUCCCAAAACAAACAAAGUACAACACUUGUUUGCAUUUAAAUAAACACAAAGUCGCCGACUAAAAUUACUAACAAAGUACAGUGCAGUGUUUUUGGAGAUCACAAAUGUAAAAAAAUCCUUACAGGACCUUCAUCAUAGGUACGGUAAAAGAGCAACAUUUUUCAUCUGGAUGUAAAAACAUUUACCCUUACAGCUGACUUCACUUCUGUUGACAGCUUAUUCAAUUUGCCUACAUCAUAACAGCUGAAAGCUGCUUUCCCGUGUUGACUUGAAUUCUGGGCUCUAGUUCGUGAACCUCAUACCUUACAGCCAGCCCCAUUGGGUUUGUUUAUAUUCCAUGAGCAUGUCUUUAAUGUAAGAUAUACAUAAACCAUGCAAUUUAUGGACAGGGAGCUUAAUUUAAAAAAAAAUCUCUUCUCCAGCUGUCUGGGAGCCAAUGUAAAACCUUUAGGACUGGAGUCAUAUGUUCUGUUCUCUUUGCUCUGGUCAGAACCUGAGCUGCAGUUGUUUUAGUGGUUGAUUUGAUGUGACUGCUGAAAGUCUGAUCGGAAUCAAUCGGCACAACAAGGUUUCGGACUUAGUCUUUGGCUUUUAUAGACGGUGACUCUAAGUGUUCACUAACAGCAAUCUUAUUUUCUGUAUUGCUAAAAACAAUCAGCUCAGUUAUGUUUUGGUUUACUUGAAGGAAAUUUUGGGUUGCGUACUUGUGAAUUUGUUUGAGACGGUGACACGACACCUUAGUGCUACUGGUAUCAUUCGGGGACAUUGAUAAAUAUACAGUACAGUCGAACCUCGUUACAAUGUACCUGGAGGGACAUAAUAAAUCUGUAAGUUAUGACGUUCGUUCCUUGGAACCAUUACCAAAAAAACAGCUGCCAAUUAGGACGUAGAAUACUGUAUGCACAUUUAUAGAAGUAAAAACAUAAACAUGUAAUACAGUAUAAACAUGUCAAUUACAAAUACGUGUGUACCGUAUGAAGAAAAAAAUGUUUUUUUUAAAUGUGAAACAGAUAACUGGAGCAUUCCUACUCGAGCAUUCCUACUUCAGCUCUGAAAACAUUCAGUCAGGAAAAUGUUACCCGUGAUAGUCUUGGUUCCAUUUCGUCUGAUGCAAAUAUUGGUGCCUGAAUUCUUAAUUAGUGGGGGAAGGGUGAACUGAAAAGUGUCAAUCGGCAUUGUUUUUGACAUGGCCAAAAAUUUGGGUUUUGAAAUUAGCUUAAUGCUUUGUCUCCAAAACUGAGUAUAGUAUGCAUUGCACAGUUCUUCUUCUUUGCACGUUUUCAGCAAUUAUCUCCAAACAUCUACAGUAUUGGGAAAUACAUUUUGGAAUUAACAGGGCCUUUGA